AAGAAAAAAAAACCCUAAAAUAAUCUCUCAAAAAACAAAAAAAAAUGAAAAAUAACCCGAAUUCGGUUCUUAUUUUAUUUCUCAUAAUAAUUUCAUGCAUAAUAAAUGGAAGCCAUAGCAAGAGGCAAGGUGACGAGCUUUAUAAGCUGGCCAAAGCAAAAUUUAAUGGUGACUCAAAAAUUGAUACGAGCCCUUAUGUAGCACGAAAUGAUUUACCUCUAGAAAUUUCUGCAGUAAUUAAUGAUACACAAACAUUAAGAGGAUUAAAUACAGGCUCUAAAGAAGCUGAUAAAAUUGUGAAAUUGCCGGGUCAGCCUAUUGUUAAGUUCGAUCAGUAUGGUGGUUAUGUUACUGUUGAUAAAGUUGCAGGUAGGGCUUUGUAUUAUUAUUUUGCUGAGGCUCCAGUUGCUAAAGAAAAGUUGCCUCUUCUUCUUUGGCUAAAUGGAGGUCCUGGUUGUUCAUCUCUGGCUUAUGGAGCAAUGCAAGAGCUUGGUCCAUUCAGAGUACACAGUGAUGGCAAAACGCUUUACAGCAACAAACAUGCAUGGAACAACGUUGCAAAUGUUCUAUUUUUGGAGUCACCGGCCGGAGUAGGAUUUUCAUACUCAAACAGAACAUCAGAUUAUAGUAAUUCAGGCGAUAGAACGACAGGAGCCGACAAUUAUCAGUUUUUGGUGAAUUGGUUAGAAAGAUUUCCCGAAUACAAAAACAGAGAUUUUUACAUUACUGGUGAAAGUUACGCCGGCCAUUAUGUUCCUCAGCUUGCUCAUAACAUUCUUAUGCAUAACAAAAAAGCUGGCAGACCUAUCAUCAAUCUCAAAGGAAUUGCUAUUGGAAACGCAGCAAUAAAUGAUGAAACAGAUAAUUACGGACAAUACGAGUUUUUCGCAAGCCAUGCUCUAAAUUCGCCGCAAACUCUAGCGGACGUAAAACAGUAUUGCAAUUUUUCACCGGCAACUAAAGACAAACCGUCGCCACAGUGCUUAAAAGCUCUUGGCAAGUCAGACAAUGACACUAUGGGUAUUGAUGUUUAUAGCAUCUAUGCUCCCAUUUGUCACAAUUCCAAUCUCACUGCCACACCUAAAAAAGUUUCUUUUACAGAAUAUGAUCCAUGCAACGAUUAUUAUGUGUAUGCAUAUAUGAAUAGAGCAGAUGUUCAGCUAGCAUUGCACGCCAAUGUCACUAAGCUCAACUUUGCUUGGGACCUCUGCAGUGAUGCCAUUAAUGGUUGGAAAGAUAGUCCUCUUACUACCCUCCCUCUGAUACAGGAAGCCGUCUCCGGUGGACUCAGAGUCUGGAUUUACAGUGGUGACACAGAUGGCAGGGUACCUGUUACUUCUACUCAGUUGUCACUUAAGAAGAUGAAUCUUACUACCACAUCUGUAUGGUAUCCUUGGACCCUUGAUAAAGAGGUUGGUGGAUAUGCAGAAGUAUAUGGAGGCUUAACAUUUGCUACAGUAAGAGGAGCGGGACAUGAAGUACCAGCUUACCAGCCUACAAGAGCACUUGGUUUGAUUAAAUAUUUCCUUUCUGGCCAGAAGCUCCCACUUUUUGUUGCUGAAUAAUUUCAAUUCUAUUCAUUGGUUUGAUUUACUGGAUUUUUUUAUUAUUUUUAUUUAUUAUUAAUUGUAGCCCAAGUUAGGGUUUUUGAUGAUUUGAUCUGUAGAUGUGAUGCUACAUAUCUCAUUCAUGUGUAAUAAUGAAAAAAAUAUCAAACUGUCAUUCAUAUCUUGUAAAUAUAAUGUUAUGUAUAGUGCAAGACACAUACAUAUAUAUUAUUUAAA